AUGCAAGCAUGCCUAUCCGCCCACGCAGCAUCCAACAAUGACCUGAAAGCAGAACCAUGGUAUCCCACUCGAUUGCUCGACCGCAAAGCCUCUGGUGGCAGUCUUGACAGUGUGCGUCUUGCGAUCACGUUCGAAGAACCGCCUUCUCACAAUGAUCGAUAUGCCACCUUGAGUCAUUGUUGGGGCUCGGCUCCAGUUUUGGAAUUGAAGAAGGCUACCUGCAACGAUUUCAGAGAAGGCACCGAGCUCUCCAAGCUUCCCAAGACCUUUCGUGAAGCCAUUCAAGUCACACGACGUCUGGGCGUGCGGUUUCUCUGGAUGGAUUCCUUGUGCAUAUUCCAAGAUCGAGACGAUCUAUCCGACUGGUUGAACGAAGCGGAUCUGAUGCACAAGGUCUACUCCCAUUCCUUUCUGCAACAUCUCUGCGUUGGGAGCCCGCGACAGUUCCAAGGGCCUAUUUUUCGAGCGGAACCCGAGACUUAG